AUGUCGGGUUUAAGAGCAUCUAUUGAGCUAUUACGGCGCGAAUUGAGGAACGCUCGUGUCAAAAUAGAAGUUGAUUUUCACUCGAUGAUAAUCGGUUCAAGUUCGGCCUUCGUCGAUCUCUUUCGGUAUCUUUUUUGUACAUCGGACAGUCGUUUCAUGGAAAUACUCUAUCGCAUUUGUCGUGAUCUGCUCAAAAUAAAACCACCACUCUCACUUGCUCAGUUUGUCACAAACUCUUUCGCUGAAAAGAAGCUUAAAAUGUCUGCCGACAUUGUUAAGUCUGUUGCAGAGUUGAAAUCACGCCUGAAUAAGAGAGCCUUCUCUACUUCUCGUAUACCUCGAAAGACUUCAGGAAUACUGCCGACUACACCUACCUGGGCUGUACGUCGACAAGCGGCUUUGAGUUCAAAGUCCUCAAACCUGGUUGCUCGAAUGCCAGCUAAACAAAAGGUAAAAAGUAGCUUAAUAAAUGGUGUUGCACCCCCAAAGCAAGUAGUAACUCCGCAGAAUGGUAAUUCAGCGCAAUCAGAAACCGAUCAGUCGAUUCAGGAAUCUAAAUGUGUGUCAGAUCUUAUGGCUUCUCUAAACACAAUCUCGAAUCAGAUUUCGCAGAUCGUAAAUAGAGUGGAGGGGAUUGAGUCGCGUGUUAAUGCGAUAGAGAAACCAUUGCAGAAUGGCAAUACUGCUAAAUUGCCUACUACAUUGCCCGAAAAUGUGGCGAAGAAUAAUCUUGAAGAGGAUAUCAAAAGAAAGCUGGAUUUGAUUAAUUCACAGUCCGAUUCACCGUCAAAAUAUUCAAAUGGAAAUGAACAGAAUUCAUUACCCGCUCGGUCGAAUCCCGUUCAAGCAACCACACACUUAAUUAGGGGAAAUAAACAGCCAGUAAACAUGCUAUCUCUUUCAGAUAUCAAUUUAUCAGUGGAGACUACUGAUUCUAUUUCACAGCCCUCUUUCAAAAUCGAAGAUCGGUAUUCUCCAGAGGUUGCUAAAUUGUGGAGUGGAGAUGGCAUAAAGAUGUCUGGAAAUUCAGGUACUUACAUGCGACCGACAUUCGUUGUUUCAAACGGUUCUGAUAAGCUUCACAAGCUCCCAGUUGAGGAUAUUUCAUCCUACCGAAGCAAACUUUGUUACCACGGAGAUGCUCGCUAUAGAGAGAACGUAGAUCUAGACUCCCAAAGAACAAAAUCCACCUUUAUGGAUUACCGAUCGAAAGCAUUUGGUGGUGGUGACAACUCGGAUCUUUAUAAAGACCAUUCAUUUUCUUAUUUGAACAACGAGAAUGAUUAUUCAGUCUACUGUAGCAAUUCCAAAAAUGCCAGAUUUGAUGUAGAUCAGGGUUUAGAACAGCAAAUCAGCAGAAUUUCCAAUAUGUUGGCUGAAACUCAAAUCCUGCUAAAUAGUCGUCGAUCAAUUCCGCGCAGCUAG